GCUGCUUGUGGAUUAACCUAUAAAAAAUAACAAAAACAAUGAAAUUACUUGGAUUGUUCUUGGCGAUGUGCCUGCUACUGUCGGUAUUUGUGAGCGGCCAUCCGGAUGAGGAGAAGGCAGCACCAAAAAGGACCUGCCCCUGUCCACGCAACUUUGACCCGGUCUGUGCCAGCAAUCUGAUCACCUAUCCAAAUCGCUGCAUGUAUGAUUGUGCGCGUCGUGACUUGGAGCGUUCUGGACGCAGCUUGAACUUAAUAAGAUCGGGCAGUUGUUAAACCGAUAUCUACAAUAUCUACAAUAAUUAUGCUGUAGAUAUUCUGAAGACAAAUAAAUAAAAAUGAACACAAAAUAAUAAGAAA